AUGCUUGCUGUUCACACAUUUGACUCGUUUGAUCUUGAGACCCCUUGGGGGUGCCCAAGGAAAGCGGCUGCAGGACAGGCUGCACAGCCACCGCUUGGGAAGGCGGCCCGGCUGAGGGGUCGACGUCCAUCAGCUCCGAAGGCGGUGGCGACUGAAGAGGGACCGCAGGCGCCGGAGCGACCACCUGGGGCGCUCCCGGAUGAAGCUGCACUGGAGGCAUCAACGGGACGGGCUAUCGGCGUGGUAGCGGCGACGGCUGCUGCUGCUGCCCUGGGGGCGGCAGCGAAGUCGGAAGGUAUAAGUAGGGGGAAGGUUAAGUUGGGACGGACUGUAGAGGGGGAGUCCGCUCAGCACACAGCGCGGCAGCCGCCACGCGCCGAGCUGGAGCGGGCGCUGCCCUCCACGGCAGCAGCACCCUCCACCACGCGCUGCGCGAAGGUCGGUGACCUGCAGGCGGCAAUCCCGCCCCCACCCGCCACCCCCAGCCACAGCCCGCAGUGCUCGGCAAGCAGCGGCCACCGGGUGCUUGCGAUGCAGGUGGGGCCGCGUCUGACGCGCAGAGAUGCAGAUGGGGGGAGACGUGCGCAGCAGGGAGCAGGGAGGAGGCGCGAGCACGCCUGCAGCUGUGGCGAGCGCAGGCGCUAG